GCAUUAUGGGAAGAAGAAGCGCGAGCGGGGCCAUUUUAUCUCCUGAUGUUGAUGACGGAGCAGGCAGAGGGGAGACGUUUCGUUGAGAAACCGUUCACGUAGCUUUCAGCGAAACUUUAUUUACGGUUAAUUCAGGUGUAGAGUUACUCUUUAAGCGAAAGUCACUGGUGUUCAUUAAGCAUGGGUGCUGAUAAACGGGUUAGCCGUACAGAGCGCAGCGGACGAUACGGCUCAGAGCAGUCUCGUGAUGACGAGCGCAGAGAGCGGCGUGAUCGAGAUGAUCGAGGGUAUGACUCUCACCGCUGGAGUGAUGAUCGCCGCAGUGACCGAUAUGAUGGAGACCGUGGGGAGCGCAGUGAUCGCUACUGGAGUCGAGACAGUCCUGAGAGGGGAAGGAAACGGCGUAUAAGUGAUGAGUCCGAUGACGGGCACCACUCAGAUGGUGAUUAUUCUGAGCAUGAUUACCGAGGUGACCCAUCUGAUGAGAAGGAGAGCAAGACCAUCAUGCUCCGAGGCCUUCCUGUCAACACCACAGAGGCUAUGAUUCGAGCGGCGAUAGACCAGUUGGAGGGGCCGCAACCGAUGGAUGUGCGCCUGAUGAAAAAGAGAUCAGGUAUAAGCCGAGGUUUCGCCUUCGUGGAGUUUUAUCACUUGCAAGAUGCUACCCGAUGGAUGGAGACCAAUCAGAAGCUGCUGACCAUCCAGGGCAAAAGUGUUGCCAUGCAGUACAACACCCGGCACAAGUUUGAAGACUGGCUUUGCAACUCGUGCGGCCUGUACAAUUUCCGGAGGAGACUGAAGUGCUUCAGAUGUGGAGCAGCCAAGUCAGACUCUGAAAGCAGCAGCAUUACAGGAGGCACAGAGACCCAGUCCAGUGGAGACUUCUAUGGAGACACGAUUAUUCUGAGGAACAUUGCUCCACUCUCCACUGUUGAAGGCAUCAUGACCGCUUUGGCACCGUACGCUAACCUGUCGGCCGGUAACAUCCGCCUCAUUAAAGACAAGCAGACCGGCCACAACAGAGGAUUCGCCUUCGUGCAGCUCUCCUCUCCUCUGGAGGCUUCUCAGCUUCUGACGAUCCUCCAGGGUCUCCAGCCUCCUCUCAAACUAGAUGGGAAGACCAUUGGAGUCGACUAUGCCAAGAGUGCUCGAAAGGACCUGCUGCUGCCGGAUGGGAACCGUAUCAGUGCUUUCUCUGUAGCCAGCACCGCUAUUGCUGCAGCUCAGUGGUCCUCCAGCCAGCCACAACAAAGUGUGGAGCCUGCUUCAGAGUACAGCUGCCUGCCGGAAGGCUAUGUGCAUUAUUCACAGGAAUAUCAAGCCCAGUAUCAACAGCUGCAGUCAGGAGUAGACCCAUCUCAGGCCAACGGCAUACUUGGAGCUGCUCCUGGAUUGAAGGUGCUGCCGACGGCUGCAGGUGUGGUCAUCUCUCAGGGCGCUCAGGUUUAUCAGCCGCAGAUAGUCGGCCAGCCUGCAACACAGACUUUACAGGCAGUGCAAACUCCGAUUAUUGCUGCAGCUGCCACCGUUUCAGUGCCAGCAACCUCUGCAGUAAUCGCGGCAGCUCCCGUAACAGCCAUGUCUGCAGCCACUGCUUUAGCUGCUUCUUCAAAUGCUAAACCAGCAGCUCCUGAUACCUCCACCUACCAGUAUGAUGAAGCUUCUGGCUACUACUACGACCCACAAACUGGCCUUUAUUAUGACCCCAACACACACUACUACUACAACUCCUACACGCAGCAGUACUUGUAUUGGGACAGUGAGAAGCAGGCGUACUUGCCUGCACCCGACUCCAGCGGUGCGGGGCAGAUGGGGGCAGCCACCACUCCACCCAAAGAGGGCAAGGAGAAGAAGGAGAAGCCCAAAAGCAAGACCGCCCAGCAGAUUGCGAAAGAUAUGGAGCGCUGGGCGAAGAGCUUAAACAAGCAGAAGGAGAAUUUCAAGAGCAGCUUCCAGCCAAUCAGCCAGGAGGAGAGGAAGGAGGCAGCGGCGGCAGAUGCUGGAUUUACCCUGUUUGAGAAGAAGCAGGUCACUGGUUUGGAGAGGCUCAUUUCUGAGGCAGUGAAGACAUCAGAAGAGGAAAGUUCAUCCUCAAAGGUUGCUCUGGUAGCAGCGUACAGCGGGGACAGUGAGCCUGAAGAAGCUCCUGAAGGAGAUGAGAGGGAAGACAAGCUAACAGACUGGAGGAAGAUGGCCUGUCUGCUGUGCAGGAGACAGUUCCCCAACAAGGAAGCUCUGAUCCGCCACCAGCAGCUCUCAGACCUUCACAAGCAAAACCUGGAGGUGCACAGAAGAUCUAAGCUGAGUGAGGCAGAGCUGGAGGAGCUGGAGAGGAAGGAGACUGAGAUGAAGUACAGAGACAGGGCAGCUGAGAGGAGAGAGAAAUACGGCAUUCCAGAACCUCCUGCACCCAAGAAGAGGAAGUUCACCCAGCCAGCUACUCCAGUGGUGAACUAUGAGCAGCCCACUAAGGAUGGACUGAACAGUGACAACAUUGGGAAUAAGAUGCUUCAGGCGAUGGGCUGGAAGGAAGGCAAAGGUCUGGGCAGAAAUCAGCAGGGCAUCACAGCACCGAUUGAGGCUCAGUUGAGGAUGAAGGGCGCCGGUCUCGGGACUAAAGGAAGUAAUUACACUCUCUCAGCGUCCGACACUUACAAGGACGCCGUCCGCAAAGCCAUGUUCGCCCGGUUCACUGAAAUCGAGUAAACUGUCGCGUCAGAUCAAUUGGGCAUUCGGUUUCUCUCACUGCCUUUUUUCCAUCACUGAAGAAUAUCAGACUGUGAAUCAGAAGAUGAGAUAAAUAUAUCUGUAUAUAUUUGUACAGUGUGUGCCUAAAAUGUGAAAUCUGUUCGUAUGAGAAGAAUGAUUGGAAUUUCUUUUUCUUUUUUUUCUUUUUUUUGGACCAGGCAUUGUGGGUAAACUGUAAAGUUUGUACAUUAGGAUCUCAGUUUUGUACAUAAGAGAAUAAAUGAGAUGUAAAACUA